GCCGAACCGAGAGACUCUUUGGUCGUGCCCGCCAUUCGAAAUCGCGGAGCAGUCGUCGCCAGGUGGUAAACUCUUCGAGGAAAAUCGCGCGCGCGAAAUUCCCAAUAGUUUUUAACAACCAGCCAGUGAAACUUCGUGUAAAAGAAGGCGACGUUUCACCACAGAAAGAGAAUCAACCGAUGUGCGACAUCCAAAUUGUUUGGAAACAUAUUUAUUACUGUACCAGGUACCUCAAAGUUACUCUAUUCGCGAUAUCUCCAGUUUCAAUUCGUAAAGUAAAAAGGUACCUGAGAUAUUUAGAUCCGGAUUGGUUACUAUAUUUGUAAAAGAACAUAAAAUAAUUAGAAUUAGAGAUAUUCAAGAUUCUUCGUGGUUUAGGAAGAUCCGUUUUGGACGUGGCUGUGAUCUAUUUGAAAUAUUCGUUUUGUGCCACACUUCUUGUUUUAUUAGCCUACCUUUACGUGAAGUACUUCACCAAGGAACUGGAGGAUUGAAAAUCCGACGAGUGCCAAAGUGAAAUGCGUUAAACGCCGUCAUCACCAUUACAAGAGAACGUUCUACAUACUCGAUAAUGAAAAGGCCACCCGGACUUUGGUGUCUUCUCAUAAUAGCCACAUUCUGGUUGUGCAUACAAGAUGUUAAUUCGCUAAGGGCCACAGCUUUGAUAUUAGGAAAAAGCCCAUCGACCACAACCACUACAACGGAGGCACCCCAAGAAAUCGAUGGCCAAGAAGUAAUUACUGAAUCUAGUGUUUCUGAAGAAACCCAAAAUGUUACAAAACCCAUUUUAACGGGAAACCCCCAAAUAGAUUAUAUUUGGGAUCCGAAUCUUCCAAGAGAAUUAAAUGGAUACAACUUGAGUGAAUAUCCAUUCUAUGAUGGAUUGCCUGAAGAUAUUACUUUCAAGUGUGACGGUCUUCACGAUGGCUUUUAUGCAAGCGUACCUCACAAAUGUCAGGUUUAUCAUCAUUGUCUUUUCGGAGUCCGCUACGACUUUUUAUGCGCCAAUUACACAGCUUUUGACCAAAAAACGUUUAUUUGCCACUUCGUUUCUGAAGUUGAUUGUGUGAAUUCAAAAAAAUUUUGGCAUAGAAACGAUGCUUUGUAUCAAGCAGCAACGACAACAACAGUAAAACCAACAGUUAUUGUAACUCAACCUCCAGCUCCAGUUACACCCGUCCCAAUAAUGCCCAUUUUAAAUCGAAGACCCGGAGCCACUGGUCCUGGAAGAGGAUUUCGUUACAGAAAACCGCCCAAAAGAUACGAAUACUAUGACGAUGAAUACGUAGAUGAAGAAUACGAAGAAAGGAGAUAUCAAAAAAGGCCUCAUUAUAGGCGGCCCGUUUAUGAAGACGAUUACGAAGAGUACGAAGAUGAAGUUUAUUCGAAAAGAAGACCAUCAAGGAGGCGUCCUGACCGCCGAGGACAAAAUCGUAGAAACAAAGAAGAUAGACGUCGUUACGAAGAUGACGAAGAUUAUGAUAGAGAUAUUGAAGAGAGUCGCGAUGAUGAAGAAGAAGUUCGCAGACCCAAUCGAAAACGAAGACCGAACAAGCGAAGACCCGCAGAAGAUGAAGAUUAUGAUAGACACUAUGAACGACCACAAAAAAGGACUAGACGACCAAUUGAUGAUGAUGAUUACGAUGACGAAGCACCGAGAAGAAAUCGAAAAAAGAAUCGAAAUAGAGAUUCUGACGGCGAUAAAGAAAUGGAAGAUCGACCCAAAAGGAAUAAAAGCGACGAGAGACCAAGAAAUAAUCGGAACGAAGAAAGAAGUCGAAGUAACGACGAUAAACCCAAACCAAAACAACCAGAAGUUAAAGUAAAAAGUGAUGUGAGUACUGAAGAACCACCAUUAACAAAAGCCCCGCUUUCGGUUUAUGAAAGAAAAAGACCGCCUAAGAUAAGACCUCCGGUUCCUUUAAAUGAGCAAAGUAAAUACGUACCAAAAACAACUACUUCUUCCCCAAUCGAGUACGAAUAUUAUGAUGAUUAUGAAGAAGAAGAGGUUGUAAGGGAUACAAAAAAAACUCAAGAUAGAAACCAAGAUAGAAACCAAGAUAGAAAUCAAGAUAGAAAUCAGGAUAGAAACCAAGAAAGAAACCAAGAUAGGAAUCAAGAUAAGAACCAAGAAAGAACUCAAAGUAGAAAACCAGAAAGAAAACCUCCAAACAGAUCAUAUUUUAAUAAACCAAAAUCGUCAGAAUAUGAUGAUGAAGAGGUGUAUAAGAGACCAACAACAACAAAAAGGCCACAAAACUCUAAAGAUAGACGUUUAGGUUCCGGAAGUAGAAGACGACCUGUAAUUGAAGAAUACGCAGAUUAUGAAGAAAGUUUAAGCAAAUCUACAGAAGAACCAACAACAACCAUCAAAGAAAUUGUCAAAGAUAUCGUUCCAGAAACAAUUAAAGAAAAACAAGAACCAGUUAUUAAAGUUGUAAAGCGUCCAUUUUUACCCAGUAGGGGUGGUAAUCCUUAUUCGGCAAGAGGAUUACAUCCGAUAGGUCUUAAAUCUGAAGAAGUUGUCAGCACAAAAUUUAACCCACCCCUAAAAGAACAAGAAAAUCUUAGACAAGAUCAACCGGAAGAAACUCAAAAAGCAAAACCUUUAUCAAAAUUAAAAACUAAAUCUGAAGAGGAUUUUAAACCAAUCACAAACCGACCGGUGAGUCGUAUUAAUAUAGUUAAAAUCACGACGACAACAACAACAACUGAAAAACCGAUUGAAAAAAAUCCGUUAGAUUUAGAUGAAAAUGAAUAUGAUGUGACGUUGAAUGAUGCUUUAAAUCCAACCAUACCUAAUUUGCCAAUACGUAACUUUCCAACGGGAUUUUCCUCGCAAAACGAUUACAAUUACAAUGCCGUACAAAGAAAUCGUUAUGUAGCAGCUGAUCCUACGCUAAAUCAAGCCAGUUCGGAUUAUGUUUAUAGAAUUGAACCGCUUCAAUCUCCAAGAUACGUCCCUGUCUAUCAAACGUUUAGGCAAACACCCCGACAACAACAAGCAUUUUAUGCCGGAUAUUAAAAUUUUAAAUUAGAAAUAAAAUACAGUGAAGAAUAAUUUUAGUUUUUUUUUGGUAAAGAAAUUUUAUGAAAAAGAGCUAUUUGCCAUAACGUUUUGAAGGAAAUCCAUCUUAAGUAUGUACGUAUUUAUAUUGAAAUCCGCAAAAUGUGGAUGGUUACUAAGUUAUUUUCAAAAAAUUUGUAAAGAAACAAAAUUUGAAAAGAUGUGGUGUCGAAAAGGUUGUGUCAUUUGAUUUAUUAUUAAUAAGUAAUUUAAUGAUUAAGCGAUGAAUUCUUUUUGUAAUAUAUGAGGACGUAUGAUCUUUAGAAUAAAGUAUAUUUAUAACUAAAA